GAGAUUGCGAAUUCCCCUGGACCUUUCAGGAACACUGUUAUGUCCAAGGCAGCCCAGACCCACAAACUGCGAAAACUGAGAGCCCCAUCCAAGUGUCGAGAAUGUGAUAGCUUAGUGGUGUUUCAUGGUGCUGAGUGCGAGGAGUGUUCUCUUGCUUGCCAUAAGAAGUGCCUGGAAACAUUGGCCAUUCAGUGUGGACACAAAAAGCUUCAUGGAAGACUUCAUCUGUUUGGAGUGGAAUUCACUCAAGCUGCUAAGAACACCCCUGAUGGCAUUCCUUUUAUUAUCAAGAAGUGCACCUCCGAAAUAGAGAGUCGUGCUCUCACUAUAAAGGGCAUCUAUCGUGUUAAUGGAGCAAAGUCCAGAGUCGAGAAGCUGUGUCAAGCGUUUGAAAAUGGAAAAGACUUGGUGGAACUGUCAGAUCUUUAUGCUCAUGACAUAAGCAAUGUUCUCAAACUCUACCUCCGUCAGCUUCCAGAGCCUUUGAUUUUGUUUCGCCUUUACAAUGAGUUAAUCGGACUAGCCAAAGAAAGUCAGCGUGCCACUGAUGAGGUUGACUGUAAAGCAGGCAGCCCUCCAUUGAAGAGACAGCCAUCUGGAGUUGAGCUCAACAGGGUCAUACUCAAAAUGAGAGACUUGUUGAAGCAGCUACCACUGCCAAACUACAAUACAUUACAGUUUCUUGUGGGACAUCUACACAGGGUGACUGAAGAAGUGGAAGAAAACAAAAUGACUGCCAGUAACCUGGGUAUAAUAUUUGGACCCACCCUAAUUAGGCCACGUCAGACUGACGCCACCAUUUCACUGUCCUCUCUUGUGGACUAUCCAUAUCAGGCGCGUAUUGUGGAACUGCUUAUAACAUACUAUGAUAAAAUAUUUGACAUGUCCCGUGAGAUGGUUAAUCCUGAAAAGCUGUCUCUGGCAGAGGACAGGGACGUACAGCAGAUACGCAAGUCACAGUCAUUGCCAGUUGGCAACGAGAACAUUGUUUUUUCCAAACGUACGUGUUCCCUGGAUGAGAAUUCAUUAGACUUUAAAGGUGUGGAGGAGCGAGAGAGCCGAAAUCAUAGUAUGAGCAUAGUAGAAGAGAAUGAACACAACUCGUGUGAACAUGAAGAUGAAUUGCAGCGAGAUUCCUCCUCUGAGGCAGCAAGUCCUGUGUUACAAGGUUCAGAGGAACAGGAUAGCUCUCCGAACACUACGUCUGAGGGUGAAGUAAGAAAUAGUACAGAAGACAGUGCAAAGGCAAACAAUUCCAUACCUGCAAAAUCCUAUAGACAAAUAUCCAAAGUUCAGCUGAGGGCUCCUCGAGUCAAGACAAUGAUUCGCCCUGUAAGUUUGCCCGUGGAUCGGCUUCUUCCUCCUUCCGUGCUGAACGAGAAGAAUUCCAGGAAUGUGGAUGUGGCCACCUCAGACAAGUUUGGCAAGAGUCCCAUUAUUGAAGAGGUCUCUGAGACUAAACCUCCAUCCACCAUGAAUUCUUGCCACAGAGCUUCUUGUUAUGAGACCCAAAGUUAUCGUAAGGCAUGGGAUAAGCAGUACAAACAGUAUGAAUUCACACCCAGGACUGCAAUGAUUAUGACAAAUAUUCCACAAGAAAUAAGAGCCCACGAUGGCAGUCCCACCAUUUUGUCAUCAAAUACAGCACUGCCAAAAGUACCAUCUGCAAGCCAACUCAAACCAGUUACUACCGACAGCAACUCAACCGAAACUUAUCCACUUUCUGCUUUCAGAGCCCCAAGAACUUUGCAGCCUCCACCUGGAACUUUUUAUGAACCACCUUCCCAAAAAACAAAGCUAGGUGAGGAGACUUCUCAAACUGAUGCGACAUCUGCAAGCGGUGGCAAAGUACAGUAUCAGCACAACAAUAAUAAUGUGAAUCUAGUUGUAGACUCAGAUCUGGUAUCUGAAACGCAUGGACCUGGCAAAACCUUACAAAAAACUGUUCUUGAGGAAACUUCACCAGAUGUGAAACCAGCCUUUCCAAGACUUCGGCCAAAGCGUGUUCAGGAGUUAGAACACAGAGAGGCCCACUUUGUGUAG